CAACACACUCUCUCUCUCUACUGUCUCCCAUUUUCGCUGCUGCUUCUCUCUCUGGAGCGUUUCUCUAUUUUCAGUGAGCUUCUCUGUACCGCCAUUGGAGGUUCUUCAGAAAUUCCUAAACCGAUUUUCCGAGCCAGGCUUGGCUAAACCCCUGGCUAUUUGACUAAAUUAUGUAUUGCUCUUCUUCGAUGCAUCCAAACGCAAACAAAGAGAAUGUCUCUACUUCAGAUGUUCAGGGAAAUUUUGUACGAAUAACGAGAUCACGAGCUAAAAAAGCCUUGGGAGGAGUAAUACCUCCAACAAAACCAUCUUUCAAACAGCAAAAGAGGCGUGCGGUACUUAAGGAUGUGAGUAAUACUUCAGAAAAUAUUUAUUCACACCUCCUGGAAGGAGGCAACAUUAAGGUUAACAGAAAAUGUGUAAAGGAGUCCAAAAAAGCAGCAAAGGAAGGUGCUAAUGUCGCCAUGGAAAUUCUGGUAGAUAUGCAUACAGAAAAAUCAAAACUAGCCGAAGAUUUGUCCAAGAUCAUGAUGGCUGAAUCCCAAAAUGCUUCUGUUUCAAACUCUAAAGAUGAAGAAAUUACUGAGCAACAAGAAGGCGGAUCUGAUGUCAUGGAUUUUCUCCAAGUUGUAGAUAUCGAUUUUAACGUCAAAGAUCCCCAGUUUUGCAGCUUUUAUGCUGCUGACAUAUACGAGAACAUACAUGUUGCUGAGCUUCAACAACGACCUCUGGCUAAUUAUAUGGAGCUUGUGCAGCGAGAUAUCGACCCAGGCAUGAGAAGGAUUCUGAUUGACUGGCUUGUAGAGGUUUCUGAAGACUACAAGCUGGUUCCAGAUACGUUUUACCUUACAGUGAAUCUUAUUGAUCGGUUUCUGUCCAGUAGUUGCAUUCAAAGGCAUAGACUCCAGCUCCUUGGUGUCACUUGCAUGCUUAUAGCUUCAAAAUACGAAGAGCUUUGUGCACCGCCGGUCGAGGAGUUUUGCUUCAUUACGGCCAAUACAUACACGAGAACAGAAGUGCUGAGCAUGGAGAUUCAAGUUCUAAAUUCUGUGCACUUUAAAUUAUCAGUUCCUACAACCAAAACCUUUCUGAGGCGGUUCAUUAGAGCAGCUCAAGCUUCUUACAAGGCGCCUCUCGUUGAACUGGAGUUUUUAGCAAACUAUCUCGCCGAGCUGACACUCGUGGAAUACACUUUCCUAAGGUUCCUGCCAUCACUAGUUGCUGCUUCAGCUGUUUUCCUAGCCAGAUGGACACUCGACCAAACUGAGCAUCCUUGGAACCCUACUCUGCAGCACUACACCAGAUAUGAGGUAGCCGAGCUGAAAACCGCAGUACUCGCAAUAGAAGAUUUGCAGCUCAACACCAGUGGCUGUACCCUCACUGCAACCCGUGAGAAAUACAACCAACCAAAGUUUAUGAGCGUGGCAAAGCUGAAAUCUCCCAAAAGAGCCGCAUCAAUUUUCUCAAGAUGAAUUUGAGCAUAACCAAGCCCGGUGAUCAAGUACCUAGUUUCAGACAUUUGGUUUCACCUUUGAUUUCCCGGUGUUUGUUUCUGUGCUAGUUAUCUGUCUGUUUUUCUGUAGCUAUCGUGUGGCGCUAGUGAUUAUAGGCCACUACUUGUCACAUUUAGGUACCUUCACCUUACCUUUAAUAAAGGUUAUGGAAUUUAGU